AUGUCCGCUCCAUACAGCUCGGACGAGAAGUCUCGUGUGCCAAGCCGUUCUCCGGUCGGCAGCCAGAAGACAGUCGUCGAUCACGAUGCGAUCUACACCCAAAACGCGGAAGCACCACCAACUUCCAAGUCCACCGAAGGCAACUCUCUGUUCGAAGAGGUCGGUCAUGGAUCCGCGGCAUCAACCUCGGACGACGACGGCAACGACACAGAACUGGAUCGUCGCCAGUCCAUUGUGCAAGAACUGGCUCGGGAGUACACACGGCACUCCGCGGUCAACCUUGAUGGAGACAGCAUGGCCUUGUUCGGCAGCGAGGACCCCAAUUCACCCCUCAACCCGAACGGAAAGAACUUCAGCGCUCGCAAGUGGGCUAGAACUCUUGCCAACGUCACCAACGAGCACGGAUCUGGAUAUCGAACUGCCGGCUUUGUCUACCAGGACUUGAAUGUCUUCGGAUUCGGCCAAGAAACGGACUACCAGAAGGAUGUCGGAAAUGUUUGGCUCGAGAUCCCUGGUCUUGUUCGCAACCUUACCUCAAAGACUGGAGGCCAGCGCCGCAUCGAUAUUCUGCGCGACUUCAACGGUAUUGUGGAGGCAGGGGAGAUGCUCGUCGUUCUUGGACCCCCAGGAUCUGGCUGCUCUACCUUCCUCAAGACCAUUGCUGGAGAGAUGAACGGCAUUUACACCGAUGAGCGUGCCUACUUUAACUACCAGGGUCUUUCGGCAAAGGAACUCCACAAGCACCACGCCGGUGACGCCAUUUACACUGCCGAAGUCGAUGUUCACUACCCUCAACUCUCUGUGGGCGAUACCCUCACUUUCGCGUCCCGUGCGCGCUGCCCACGAACCCUGCCUCCCGGUGUCACCGCCAACCAGUACUGCAACCAUCUCCGUGACGUCGUCAUGGCCAUGUACGGCAUCAGCCACACAGUCAACACCCGCGUGGGUGACAACUAUGUCCGCGGUGUUUCUGGCGGUGAGCGCAAGCGUGUGACGAUUGCCGAGGCGACGUUGUCGAAUGCUCCUUUGCAAUGCUGGGAUAACUCAACUAGAGGCCUCGACUCUGCGAACGCCGUCGAGUUUUGCAAGACCCUCCGCUUACAGUCGGACCUGUUCGGCCAGACUUGUGCCGUUUCGAUCUACCAGGCGCCGCAAAGUGCCUAUGAUCUGUUCGACAAGGUUGCUGUUCUCUACGAGGGCCGUCAAAUAUUCUUUGGGCCUACUACCGAAGCCCGCCAGUACUUCAUUAACCUCGGCUUCGAGUGCCCUGCCCGUCAGACGACCCCCGACUUCCUCACUUCGAUGACAGCACCUACCGAGCGUGUCAUUCGUCCUGGAUGGGAAUCUCGCGUACCUCGAACGCCCGAUGAAUUCGCUGCUUGCUGGAAAGACAGCCGCGAGUCCGUGGCUCUCAAGCAGCAGAUCGAACAGUACAAGGCCGACCACCCUCUCGAUGGCCCGGAUGCCGAAGUCUUCAGAAACCAGAAGAAGUCGGUUCAAGCGAAGAACCAGCGCCUCAAGUCUCCGUUCAUCCUGUCGUACGGGCAGCAAGUGAAGCUAUGUCUCUGGCGUGGCUUCAAGCUCCUCAAGGGCGACCCUAGUCUGACAUUUUUCUCACUGAUUUCCAAUUCAUGCACGGCUCUCAUCAUGUCUUCUCUGUUCUACAACCUCCCGAACAACACGUCCUCCUUCUACAGUCGAUCUGCGGUCCUCUUCGUCGCUAUUCUCGCCAAUGCAUUCUCCAGUGCCCUCGAAAUUCUCACCCAAUACGCCCAACGGCCCAUCGUUGAGAAGCAGCGACGUUACGCAUUCUAUCACUCCUCGGCCGAAGCUUUCUCCUCGGUCUUGGUGGACAUGCCAUACAAAAUCACGAAUACAAUCUGCUACGACUUGAUCAUCUACUUCAUGACGAACCUGAACAGACAGCCGGGCAAUUUUUUCUUCUUCCUCUUAACCACAUUCCUCAUGGUGCUUUCCAUGUCGGGUCUUUUCAGGUCAAUCGCCUCCUUGUCCCGCACGUUGUCGCAGGCCAUGGUCCCCGCAUCGAUCUUGAUUCUUGCUCUGGUCAUUUUCACUGGAUUCGUCAUUCCUGUUGACUACAUGCUCGGUUGGUGCCGAUGGAUCAAUUACUUGGACCCUGUCGCGUACGGAUUUGAAUCGCUCAUGAUCAACGAGUUUCACAACCGGGACUUUGAGUGUGCUGCUUUCGUCCCGAGUCCUAAAGUUGCGGGUUAUGAAAACAUCACUCUGGCCAACAGAGCUUGCUCUACCGUCGGUGCCAUUCCUGGCGAACCUUUUGUCAACGGCGACAGGUACAUCAACUCUCAGUACAAGUACUUCAACUCACACAAGUGGCGCAACAUCGGCAUCCUCAUUGCUUUCAUUAUUGCCCUUCACGCCUUGUACUUCACCGCUACGGAGUACAUUGCGGCCAAGAAGUCAAAGGGUGAGGUCCUCGUCUUCCGUCGGGGUGUCGCAGCCCCUGUCAGAGGAAAGGAUGACCCCGAAUCCUCUCUCUCUGGACCUGCUGCCGUUGUCGAAAAGGGUGGGCAGGGUGCCUCUGCCAACGAGGGUACGAUCCAAGGCUCCACCAGUGUCUUCCACUGGGGCAACGUGUGCUACGAUGUCAAGAUCAAGACCGAAACCCGCAGAAUUCUUGAUCAUGUGGACGGCUGGGUGAAACCAGGGACUCUCACGGCCUUGAUGGGUGUCUCCGGCGCUGGCAAAACCACAUUGCUUGAUGUCUUGGCAGACCGUGUCUCCGUGGGCGUGAUUACCGGAGAGAUGCUCGUCGAUGGAAAGAUCCGUGACCAGUCCUUCCAACGCAGAACUGGCUACGUUCAGCAACAAGAUCUGCAUCUCGAGACCAGCACCGUUCGUGAGGCAUUGGAGUUCAGCGCUUUGUUACGCCAGCCGGCCACCACUCCUCGCGCUGAAAAGCUGGCAUACGUGGACGAAGUCAUCAAGCUUUUGGACAUGCAAGAAUAUGCCGAUGCCGUCGUGGGCGUUCUCGGCGAGGGAUUGAAUGUCGAGCAGCGGAAGCGACUUACUAUUGGUGUUGAACUGGCUGCUAAACCGCCUUUGCUUCUCUUCGUCGAUGAACCCACCUCUGGAUUGGAUUCGCAAACGUCAUGGGCCAUUCUGGAUCUCCUCGAGAAGCUCUCCAAGGCCGGUCAGUCCAUUCUUUGCACCAUUCAUCAACCGUCCGCCAUGCUGUUCCAGCGCUUCGACCGCUUAUUGUUCCUGGCAAAGGGCGGUAGAACCGUGUACUUUGGUGAUAUCGGCGAAAACUCUCACACCCUUACAUCCUAUAUUGAGAGGAACGGUGCCCCCGCCUGCCCUCCUGGCGAGAACCCGGCCGAAUGGAUGCUUUCUGCUAUUGGCGCAGCCCCCGGCUCAACUACCAAUGUCGAUUGGCACGAGGCAUGGAAGUCUAGUCCCGAGUAUCAAGCUGUACAGGACGAACUUCAGCGCCUCAAGUCUCAGAGCCCCGCCCAAGAGCAUGUCUCCGCCCAUGAAGAGAAGUUGGCCCACCGCGAGUUCGCCGCUCCGCUGUGGGAUCAGUUCUUGAUUGUCACUCAUCGUGUCUACCAGCAGUACUGGCGUACACCCUCGUACCUUUACGCCAAGUUCAUUCUUUGCUGCUCCGUUGCCCUCUUCAUCGGUCUUGUCUUCCUCAACGCCCCUCUCAGUAUCCAGGGCUUGCAGAAUCAAAUGUUCGCCAUCUUCAACAUUCUUUCCAUCUUCGGUCAGCUGGUCCAACAACAGAUGCCGCACUUCGUCACCCAACGCUCUCUUUACGAAGUCCGCGAACGACCUUCCAAGACUUACAGCUGGAAGGUGUUUAUGUUGUCACAAAUCGUCACCGAGAUUCCAUGGAACUCUCUCAUGUCUGUCUUCAUGUUCAUCUGCGUCUAUUAUCCUGUCGGUCUCUACCAGAACGGUGAUCCGAGCCAGUCGAGCGAGCGCGCUGGCCUCAUGUGGCUCCUGUUCUGGCAGUUCAUGAUCUUCACCUGCACCUUUGCCCAUGCUUGUAUCGCCAUUACGGAUACAGCUGAGAUGGGUGGUAAUCUCGCAAACGUCCUGUUCAUGAUGUGCCUGCUGUUCUGCGGUGUCUUGGCUAGUCCCAAAGCCAUGCCAGGCUUCUGGAUCUUCAUGUACAGGUUGUCGCCAUUUACCUACCUACUAUCGUCGAUUCUCUCGACAGGUCUGGCAAACUCCAAGGUGACGUGCUCUUCAAACGAGUACAUUCACUUCAACCCACCAAACAACCAAACUUGCGAAGACUACAUGAAGGGUUACAGAGACGCCAUGGGAGGCUACCUCGAGAACCCAUCUGCUACAACGGAUUGCAGCUUCUGUACCACCGCCGAUACAAACGUCUUCCUCAAGUCCAUCAGCUCUGACUUUGACAACAGAUGGCGCGACUUUGGUAUUGGCAUGGUGUACAUUGUUGUCAAUAUCAUUGCCGCUGUCGGUCUCUACUGGCUGGUUCGCAUGCCCAAGGGCAAGAAGAAGGCUUAA